AUGUCCAGCAGCAGCAGCAGCUCCACAUACAGGCACAGUAGACCUGGGCCUUUAUGUUCAAAAAUGGUUGCGCCUAACAAAAGAAAAGAAAAGAAACCAGUGCUGCCUCUUGUGACACCACCAAAACUACGAAAAGCGGUGCACAAAGUUAUGACUAAGUAUCACAAAAAUCCUUUUUAUCAACCUAUUGAUCUGGUCCAUAAGGUGAUAACCAAAUUAAACUUAAAGAAUAUAGUUUCUGAGAGAAGGAGGGUAAAGCUAUUGAUUAAUAAGUGGAUCGACACUAACACGGAGGCUAGCAAGGACAGUGGACAGCAAAGCGAUUCCAAAAAAGAAGUGAUCAAAGAAGCUCAAAAAUUAGCUCAUACUAUUAAUGAAAACCAAGAACCUAAAGUCACGAUUCAAAAUGAAAACCCAGCAAAAGAUGAUGCAAUGGAAGUUAAAGAAUCCGCGGCCAGUGUGGAAAAAGUCAAGGAUAUCUCCAUAGGAGCUUUGACUCAGCUGCUGUUGGAAAAUAAAGAUAAAAUUAACAAAGAUGUAAUCAGUCAGCUAGCAAAAGAGUCGGAAAAAGAGCCGGAAACAGCGGUGCCAUCCUGUACGUGUGAAGAAAAUCAAGAGAAAAUAAUCAUAGAUUUAACCAAAGAAGAGGAACCACAAGUCAAAAUUGAAAUAAAAGAUGAAGUAUCAAGUAGCCAAUUAGUUACUUUAGUGGAUUCUACACACAUUAGUACGCCUCAAGUACAACCACAAGAGAAUAACAUUCAACCAGUUUCCCAAGAAUCUUAUGCUGAGUUUUACAAUCAGUGGUACAAUCAGUGGUACUAUUGGUAUUGGUACCAAGCUGGGUACACUCAGUACCCAAAUGGGUACCAGUACUAAAGAUUUUUUGAGCAACCAAUAAUUUCUAUGUUAUGUGUUGAUUGCGUUAAACUUAUUUUGAUAAGUAAAAAAAAAAAAACA